AUGGCGAGACCCCAAGAUACGGCUUUGGCCCGAUUCUAUGGCCUCCCUAAGGUGCACAAAGACGGCGCUCCUCUCCGACCCAUCGUAUCGCUCAAAGGGACUCCAACGUACGGACUGGCUAGGUGGCUGUUCCGGCGUCUCAAGUUCCUGACCGCUGAGUCAGACGCCACGGUCUCUUCGUCAGCACAAUUCCUGGAGAAACUCAAAGGGGUAAGCAUCCAUUCAAACGAGGUCAUGGUAUCUUUUGAUGUUACAUCCCUUUUUACUUCUAUUCCCCACGACCUGGCGAUCGAGACAAUUGAGCUGCUACUACAAAGCAAAUAUGAUGAAACGGAGAACCGUCUUGGACACGCCCAAAUCCUUCAGCUCCUGAAGCUCUGUCUCAGGACGUACUUCACGUUCAACGGGACAAUCUACGAACAGGUGAAGGGCACACCAAUGGGUUCGCCGAUUUCGGGAUUCAUCGCCGAGGCGGUCCUGCAACGGUUAGAAUCGCUGGUCUUCCAACACCACAGACCGAAAUUCUGGGCCCGGUAUGUGGAUGAUACCUUCGUCGUCAUCGAACGGGAUCACGUGUUGACAUUCCAAGAACAUCUCAACGCCGUCUUCCCGGACAUCCAAUUUACGAUGGAGGAGGAAGAGAACAACCAGCUGGCCUUCCUGGAUGUCCUCGUAUGCCGCAAGGAUUGUGGUGGACUAAAGACCAAAGUGUUCAGGAAAGCGACAAAUACGAUGCAAAUACUGAACUUCAACAGUAACCACCCAAUCAGCCACAAACGCAGUUGUGUAAGGACGCUCUAUCGGCGUGUCGAAACGCACUGCAGUGAGCCGGAAGACAAAAUUGCCGAACUACAAUACCUCCGACGGGUCUUCAAAGCCAAUAGCUACCCGCGCAACUUUGUCAACCGGUGCAUACACAAAAUGGGCCAAAGGCCUAACCGCACGGACACCAAAGUUUGGCGUGCGUUUCCAUGUGUCAAGAACGUUUCGGAAGCUGUUGGCCGCCUUCUAGCACCAUUUGGCGUUGGAGUGGCACACAGACCGGAGGCAACCAUCAGGCGUCUGGUCAUGAAACUGAAAGACCCACUGCCACGGCAAGAAACGUCUGGAGUCGUUUAUUGGAUCUGGUGCAGUUGCGGACAAAGCAACUACGUCGGAGAAACCGGAAGACAGCUCCGAACGAGAAUGGCCAAACACGCGACAGCGGUGCGCAGAAAUGGCGCCAGCUCUCAAGUUGCGGCUCAUUUGACGAGAUCCGGCCACACAUUCAAAUUCGAUGAGGCCGAAAUUCUCGCAAGAGGUAACAACCGCGUGAGCCGGGAGCUACUUGAAUCAUGGUUUACUGGCCCCCAGUCCAUCAACAAGAGCAACGAUCUUCCCACUCCAUACUGCGUGCUAAAAUUUUGCCUAGGCGGAGUAACAAGCCAUGCGGGGAGCGCAGAGGUGAACACUUUUCCCAACACCGGGGUCGGUGCGUCAGAUGGUCGAGCAAUCAUCACGCCAACAUCCAACGCACGUGAUGAGAUUGCAGCAAUUAUCGACUCGAAUGUCGGCCAUUAA